AUGAGCAACUUUGGGAAGAUCCUGAAGGAGAUCGGGGAGUUUGGUUUAUUCCAGAAGCGUUUGGUGGCUGCACUUUUCAUCCCUAGCAUAUUUACAGCUUUUGAUUUCAUCGGCCAGGUGUUCACAGGUUUGAGCUUCCCUCAUCACUGCAACACAGACUGGAUCCUGGAGCGAGGACCCAACCUGACCCGGGAGAGACAGAAGAACCUGACGAUCCCAGUGAGGCAGGAUGGAAGCUUUGAGAGCUGCGAGAUGUUCUCUCCUGUGGAUCUGGAUUUAGAAACUAUUGAAAAAUAUGGGCUUAACGACACAACAGGAUGCAUUAAUGGAAUGAAUUUUGAGGCACCCGAAGGUGCCUACACCAUUGUCACGGAGUUUGACCUGGUGUGUGACAGGAGCAGCCUGUUUGAGACGUCGCAGUCCAUCUACAUGGCCGGUCUUCUGGUGGGAGCGCUGGUGCUGGGACAGAUGGCCGACAGGUUCGGUCGCCGCUUUGUGGUCCUCCUUUCGCUUCUUCUUCUACUCUUGUUUGGUGUGGGUGUUGCCUUCUCACCAAACAUCUACGUUUACAUGGCUUUCAAAUUUAUAAGUGGCCUCUCAGUGUCAGGCAUUCUUUCCAAUGGAUUUGUGAUCGGAGGAGAAUGGAGCGACUCUUCCAAGUUUGCUUUCUGUACCAUUAUCUGCCACUCUGCUUUCCCUCUUGGACUCAUGAUGUUGCCUGGAUUUGCCUAUAUAAUCCCCAACUGGAGGAUCUUUCAGAUAGUUCUCUUCAGCCCUCUUGUUCUUGUUCUGUUACUCUUCUACUGGGUUCUUCCAGAGUCGGCUCGGUGGCUCAUCACCCAGGGCAGGAAGGAUGAGGCUGUUAAGCUGAUCCGAAAAGCAGCCAAAGUGAAUAGGAGAAACGUCCCAGAAGACUUGUUGGACAAGCUGGAGGUUGAGGGCACCACCAAAAGAGGAAGCAUGCUGGACAUCUUCAGGAGAUCAUAUCUGAGAAAACGUGCUGUCAUAAUGAGCUGCGUCUGGUUUGGAACCAGUCUGAUGUACUACGGACUGAGUCUGAAUGUGGGAACUUUUGGUCUGGAUAUUUACCUCACUCAGUUUAUCUUUGGAUUAGUUGAAGUACCUGCUCGUCUGGGAACUUUACCUUGCCUCAAUUACUUUGGGAGGAGAAUAUGGCAGUCAGGGACCCUCAUUUUUGGAGGUCUUGCUUGCCUCUUGAUUCUUGCCAUCCCAAAAGACCUUCCCAUAGUCAUAACAGUCCUAGCUGUACUGGGAAAAUUCGCAGCAGCCAGCACUUUUUCCACGGUCUAUAUUUAUACUGCAGAACUUUAUCCCACCAUUAUAAGGCAGAAUGGUGUUGGUCUGAAUGCCAUGUUUGCUCGGGUGGCGGGAAUCCUCUCUCCUCUGGUGGGGCUCCUGGACGUCUACCAUUACACUAUUCCCAUGAUAAUCUACGGUACGACCCCUAUAGUUGCUGGGGGUCUGUGCUUACUACUGCCUGAAACUGGGAACUCGGAACUUCAGGACUACGCAGAACCAGAUUUCAGAAAAUCAAAGGAGGAGACAGAAGACAAUGACUUCUUUUCUGGGGACAACAAAUCAGAAAAAACUACAAAACUGUAA